AUGAGUUAUCAUCGCCUUUCUCCAUCACAUUUUUCUUGUCUUUCUUCUUUGUCUUCUGUAUAUGUUCCUAAGACUACAGGUGAGGCAUUAUCCCAUCCCAGAUGGCUACAGGCUAUGAUUGACGAGAUGUGUGCACUUCAUGGCAGUGGUACUUGGAAUCUGGUUCCUCUUCCCUCUGAAAAAUCUGUUGUGGGAUGUAGAUGGAUAUUUACUGUCAAGGUUGGUCCUAACGGACACGUGGAUCGUCUCAAAGCACGUUUGGUGGCUAAGGGAUACACACAGGUGUUUGGUGAAAAUUAUGGGGAUACAUUUUCCCCUGUUGCAAAAAUGGCGUAUGUUCGCCUCUUUAUUACUAUGGCUGCUAUCUGUCACUGGCCCCUUUAUCAAUUGGAUGUCAAAAUGUUUUCCUUAAUGGUGAUCUUGCUGAAGAAGUUUAUAUGGAGCAACCUCUUGGAUUUGUUGCUCAUGGGGAGUCCAGUCUAG